AAUCUUUCUUCCUUUUUCACCUUUAUAUCUCUCAACUCUGGCUUUUGUUUUUCAACACGAUGAAUCCAAGUAAUGGAAAUGGAUCCAUGUCGACUGCUAGCUCAAGCGGUGCGUGGGACGGUAGAGAUCAAUUUCCUGCUGGUUUGCGUGUGCUCGUUGUUGACGAUGAUCCAACAUGUCUUAUGAUCUUUGAAAAAAUGCUAAAAGCCUGCUUAUAUCAAGUUACGAAAUGCAACAAAGCUGAGACUGCAUUGUCGGUGCUACGUGAGCACAAAAACGAGUUCGAUAUCGUUAUCAGUGAUGUCCAUAUGCCAGACAUGGACGGAUUCGAACUUCUCAAGCAUAUUACUUCGGAGAUGGAUCUCCCUGUUAUCCUGAUAUCGGCAGAUGCUAGAAAGCAAGUUGUUAUGGAGGGUGUUACAUAUGGUGCUUGUGAUUACUUAAUCAAACCGGUUCGUAUCGAGACGCUCAAAAACAUAUGGCAGCAUGUGGUUCGGAAGAAGGCUCGAAAUACGGUCUGAUUUCAAUUGAGUUUUAAUUUUCAAAUUGAAGUUCGAGUUGAGAUAAAAAUGGAAUAAUUCAAACUUAAAUGAGUAAAUUAGUUAUUUUUCUAGUAAAGAAAAAACCUUCAUUUGUAUGCUCGGAAUUGAUUAAGUUUGAUUGACUUUACUUUAUCAGCUA